AUGGCAACCGUCAACGGAAAAGCAAACGUCAACCGACCGGUUGAUUCCAAGCAGAAGGAGGCCGAUGUCAACCGUAAACUUCAGUUCUACGGAAUCGCCAGCGCUUUCCAGUACGGGAAAGUUCCUUCGAACGACCAAAUCGAUGUUGCGUUGAACAGCUUCCUCCAGUCCAAGGCGCUCGCAAACCCAUCCAAGAAGCUCUCUCCAGAGGGACAGCAGCUCGUUGCCGAUUUCAGGGAGGUUGUGAAAGAGGCCAAGAAUCUUCUGCUCUCCAAGAAUGAGGGAAACCUCCUCCAGGAUUUCAUUUGGCAGACACAGCAGUUCAACCCCAAGGCUGUCAGCCUCCCUGGUGCCCCUGUGGAUAAGGAACAGGCCCAGCAGCAUGGCAACCAGGCUCUCGAGGGAUUGCGCACUUUGGGCACUCUCAUUAUCACCAACGGCCAGUUCCGCAAACUGCUCAAGGAUGCCACUGUCUUGCUCCGUGAUAUCGCUGGCGAUGCUGCUACCACUGCCGCCGCUCGCGUGAGGCCUUCCCAGGAGGAUCUUCAGCAGCUUGAUGCGCCCGCUCCUGAUAAUACUUGGCACGAGAAGCCUGAUUUUUCCCGCGAUCAGGUGAAGAGCAAGUUCGGCAACAUUUACAAGGGAAACCCCAAGGAGGACGCCAAGCAUGUCUUGGGCGAGGCCACCUCUGCUGCUCACCCUGAUGGAUCGGCCGACCCCAGAGAUUUGGCCAACACCGCUGCUCAUGAUGGCCGCACUGGCGCCUCUUCCGGUAUUGACGCUGAGAAGGGUCUCUCUUCUGCUGCCAACACGGCUCAGCGCAAGCUUGACCAGAACCUUGAUGAUGAGACCAAGGAGAAGGCCAAGAAGAAGAAGGAGGAGUACAAGGCCCGUAUGAGGGAAUACUUCAACAAGAAGGUUCCCCAAGAGCGUCGCGAACAGACAAUCUGGCGCUUGAAGAAAAUGAUCGUUGAAAUCCAGCAGCACCCCGAUUACCACCGUGCGAUCACCACUUUGCUCAACAUCGCCGAGGAGUACGGUAGCCACGCCAACAGACUUGCUCAGGGAGGCACUAGUACUGUGAAGGAUACGCGUAACGCUUUGGCCCAGGCCGAGGGUGAUCUCAAGACCCUUAUUGAGCGCUUCGCCAAUGGCACUUCCACUGAUGAUCUGUGGGCUUCCAUCAAGACCAUCUAUGAGGAUGCCGACAAAGAUCCCGAGUUGAAGAACUGGUUCAAGGCCAUGAACAGCUUCAUUCGCCGCUGCCUCCAGGAGGAGGGUUACAUCCUCGAUGAUGCUUCCAACGAGGAGUGGAACCGCCUUUACGACCAAGGCAACUACCUUCUCCGCAACAAAUAUCGUGCCCACACCGAUCGCGUUAUCGAUGAACUCAAGUUCUUGGCCGAUCAGUUCGACCAUGAUCCCCAAAACAAGAGCUUUGCGGCUUCCCUGAACAAGUUGUUCACUGAUCUUGGCAACGAUGAGAAUGGCAAGCCUACCUUCAAGCCCCAUCUCGUCAAGGAUCUGACAGACGUGGUCAUCCCCGCCAUGUUCGAGAAUAUCGCUUACAUUCCGGUUCCCCGUAUCGAGUACUCCGAUCACCAGAUCGACGCCGUGAUUGAGAACCUUGUCCUUGAGAGCGACAACUUCAUGCCCAAUGUCCUCGAAGUUGCUAGUGAAAACUACCUGCGCUUUGGUCGCAAGAAGAUCGCCAACAAGAAGAAUAUGUCCGUUGACGUCAAAGUUGCCGGUAUCCAAAUGGAUCUGCGCGACGUGAGCUACUACAUCAAGCGGAAGCAGGGCUUCCCAUCGCUCAGCGACACUGGUAUUGCCAACAUUUUGCUGGAGGGUGACGGCUUCACCUUCCGCAUGAAGAUGUCUUCGGCCGAUGCUAAGGAUAGGCAGAACUUCUUUAAGAUUGACAAGGUGGAUGUUGAUGUCAAGCACUUCCGUAUCAAGUUGAUCAAGUCCAACCACAAGUUGCUUUUCAACCUCUUCAAGCCCAUAAUGCUCAAGGUUCUCCGCCCCGGUCUCCAGAAGGCUCUCGAAAAGGCCAUCCGUGAUCAGGCUACCAGACUUGACAGCAUCCUGUACGAGGUCAAGCAGGAGGCUGAUAGGGCUCUUGACGAGGCUCGCGAAGAUCCCGAGAAGACUCCCAACAUCUACAAACGCUAUGUCACAGCGGCACAGAAGAAGGUCCUCCAGGGCAAGCAGAAGGCCGAGGGCACUGUUGCUGACAAGAAGAUCAACUAUGCUGUUACUAAGGAGGACAGCAUCUUCCCCCACAUCAGCCUUCCUGGCGGAAUCAGCUCCAAGGCCACGGAGUACAAGGAGCUCGCUCGCAAAGGCGACAAGUGGGAGAGCCCCGUGUUCUCGAUUGGUUCUGCUGGAAAGAGCCACGACAUUCCCCCCGCCCCACGUGUUGUCCGCAAGCCGCACUCUACCACUGGCACUGGCACUAAUGGUGCAGCCCACGGCACUGGCAACGGCCACGCGCUCCACGGCGGUCCUGGCAUGAACGUCGGCAAUGGUAGCUUGAACAUUGGCAACGAUGGCCUGAACCUUCCCGGUGCCAACUACCUUCCUGGCGACCCUGCUGUAAGCGGUUUUGGAACGAAGAAUGUCGGCAGCGCCCCUAACGGCCGCGCUACUGUUGGUGUUUGAAGACAUGACGAGAUGACGUUUCCUUGGAAUGAACCUGGAAAGCUGGCUUUGCAAAACUAAUGAUUGAAUGCCGCUGAAUAUGGAUAGGAGGAAUUCUGAAAGGUACAUGGUUUAUACCCAUUGCAAUUUAAUUGUCGGAGGAAGCAAGUCAAAAAAGUACCCAGGGCGGAGGGAAAACGAAGGGAUACCCAGAGACUGCGUAGCACGGUUCGAUUGGCUUUACUGAGCACCUAAUUUUUCCUUUGUAAAACUUUGGUACCGGUUUAUUAACCCCUCACUCCCUACGAAACUUCAAGAAAAGAAAGAUAGUCGAUUAAUUCCACUUGUCAUGCAAA